GGAUUAUGAAACUCCAUGUGGUUUAAUGUGAAGCACAUACAGUACAUUCCAGGGCGUGAAGGACGAGCAUCACCUCCUGGACUCUUUCUGUCUUUCUGCAGACACUCUGAGGUUCUCCAUCAUGCACUGCCAUGAAGACCUGAUCUGCUGCCUCAGCUGUGGGAUGAUCCUGUCGGCGCUCGGGUACCUGAUCCAUCACAAGACGGCGCAGACAUCCUACGGGCGCCACAUGGGGCUCCCUCUCCCCAAAAGGAUGGUUCCAGCUGCAGUCGCCUGGUUCCUGCAGGAGCUGCCGGCUCUCCUGGUCCCCCUUCUGCUACUGCUCACCUCCAACAAAGCGUCCAGCGUGGGGAGGAACCUGCUGCUCGGGACCUUCUGCGUGCACUACUUCCAGAGGACGUUUGUUUUCGCCCUGCGGAGCAGAGGGAGGCCGUUCCCUCUGGGUGUCAUGGUGGCUGCAGCUUUCUUCUGCUCGCUCAACGGGUCCCUGCAGGGUCACUACCUGCUGCACUGCGCCCACUUCGAUGACGACUGGUCAGCCGACUGUCGCUACAUAACUGGUUUAUCGCUGUUUUACGUCGGAAUGGGAAUCAACAUUCACAGCGAUUAUAUUCUACGUAACCUGAGGCAGCCGGGGGAAGUCGCUUACAGGAUCCCGACAGGAGGACUCUUUGAAUACGUGUCCGGGGCAAACUACUUAGGAGAGAUCGUGGAGUGGUUCGGCUUCGCUGUGGCGACCUGGUCUCUCCCGGCACUCGCCUUCGCCCUGUUCAGCCUGAGUUUUAUUGGACCCAGAGCCUUCUACCAUCACAGGUUCUACCAGGAGAAGUUCAAAGACUAUCCCAAGUUACGCAAAGCUUUGAUUCCGUUCGUCUUCUGAGAGAACGAACGCCGAGCGAGGACUGAUCCUGAACCAACACACCAACCUGUAACCUGUUAGUUAUUAUAAAUGUAUUCUGAUGGUGACUGCAGCUAUAACGACGUUAACAAAAGUAAAUACCUUUAAACUUUAAUAAAUAGUCCGGGCUUUAAUUUACUUCAGUACAGAACAGACCCGGCCUU